AUUCAUAUUUCUCUCUCUCUGUUUCUCGCAAGCACUCACCCUUCUCAGCUAUCCAUUUCUUCGAAUUUACUUCGUCAUUUUUCAUCCUUUCAUUUUCUUCGCCAUCGCUCCAACUCUCGUUUCUCUCUUUCCGCCGUGACCCCAGUGAUAAACUUCACCUGUUUUACAGGCGGAAUUCUUUCAAGUACAGAUCUGAUUCCAUAGGCUUUGAUUCUUGGUUUUGCGGUUGUUAGGGUAUCUGGAGUCCUGGUUUUUGUUCUAGUGAAUCCAAUUCUUCGCAAAGAAAGAACAAAUAUUCGAUGGGUCGAAAGAAGCCGACCGCUCGUGGGGACGACGAGAGCGCCCCUGCUGCCGUGUCGAAAUCGAAGAAGAAGGCGGUCGUCAUCGAUGAUGACGAGUACUCCAUCGGAGUUGAGCUGUCCGAGGAGCCAGAGGUUCAAGAGAAUGUUGUAAUUACUGGGAAGAAGAAGGGUAAGAGGGGGGGCGCAAAAGCUGCGAAACCCAAAGACGAUGACGAUGAAGAUAUUGAAAAUGAAGAGGACGAAGUUUCCGAGAUAGUGUUCACUGGGAAGAAGAAAGGGAAGUCGAAGAAGGGCGGUGGGAACAGUGUGUUUAGCGCGUCUGGUUUCGGGUUGUUGGGAGAGGAUGAUGAUGAGGGGGAGGAUGGACGGUCCGGACUAAAUGGUGAUAAAGAUAGUGAGGAUGAUGAUGAUGAUGAAACAUUGGUGAGUUUUUCAGGGAAGAAGAAGAAGAAGCCGUCCAAGGACUCGAACAAGAGUGGUGGUAGUUUGUUUAAUGCAUCAGCGUUUGAUGCUAUCGAUGAUGAUGUAGAUAAUCUUGAUGAAUACGAAGGUGAGGAGGGGGAUAAUUCUGUGGGAGAGACUAAGAUCAAGGAUGACGAUGAUGAGGAUGAGCAGGUAAUUGCUUUUACAGGGAAGAAAAAGAAGUCAUCCAAAGGUAAAGGUGGAAACAAAGGUGGUGGUAGCGGUAGCGUGUUUACGGCUUCUGGUUUUGAUGGGCUCGAUGAUGGGGAUGAGGAGAGGGGUGAGAAAAAAGAAGAGGACGAAGAUGUUGCUCAGAAUACUUUCUCAGGUAAGAAAAAGAAGUCUUCAAAGAAGACCGGUGGUAGUUUCUUGAGUGUUGCGUCGGCUGAUGAGGAGAACGAUGAAGAUGCUUCUGCCUCUGGGGUUUCCAGAGCUGGUGAUGAUGCUGUUGGGGAUGAAGAUGUCUCAGCAUUCGCAUUUAUGGGUAAGAAGAAGUCUUCAAAGAAAAAGAGUAAUAGUGUUUCUACCGAACUAGGAGAAGAAUCUGACGUCAGGGAUGUAGGUGAACCUGAACAACCAAGGGCGGGAACUAAUAAUGUGGAAGCUGAUAAUUCUAAAGUUAACAAAAGUGAAGAGCUGAAGGAAACUUCUAAAAACAAAAAGAAGAAGAAGAAGAGUGGAAGGACAGCUGAAGAGGAGGAUGAUUUGGAUAAGAUUCUUGCAGAGCUCAGUCUGGGGCCUCCUGUAUCAAAGCCGGCUGCUCCUCCACAAGAGGAGAAAAUUGAGGUUCAGUCUGAAUCAGUUGCUUUGGCUGAAGAGAAGGAAGGUGAAGAAGAGAGUGUGGAGUCUGCUGCUGCAAAGAAGAAGAAGAAGAAGAAGGAGAAGGAAAAGGAGAAGAAGGCAGCAGCAGCUGCUGCCACCGUCUCAGAGGUGAAGGAUGAAAAGCUGGAUGAAACUAUUACUGAAUUGACAGAGCCAAGAAAAAACGAAGCUAAGAGUAGAGCUGCAGACAAGAAAGUGCCAAAACAUGUUAGAGAGAUGCAAGAAGCACUUGCUCGUAGGAAAGAGGCUGAAGAGAGGAAGAAAAGGGAAGAAGAGGAGAGGUUGAGAAAGGAAGAGGAGGAGCGGCGGAGGCAGGAAGAACUUGAUAGGCUAGCAGAAGAAGCUAAGCGGAGAAAGAAGGAAAAGGAAAAAGAGAAAUUGCAGAGAAAAAAAGCAGAAGGAAAGCUUUUGACCACGAGGCAGCGGGAAGAAGCCAGAAGGUUGGAAGCAAUGAGGAACCAGAUACUUGCUAAUGCAGGGGUGUUUCCCCCUUCUACAGACACUGUUGCACAAACUAAACGUCCCAAGUAUCAGAAUAAGAAGAAACCAACUCACCAUCAAACAAAUGGUGCUGACCCUGACAAGGCAGUGGAAAAUGUUGAAGUGACGGAAGAAUCACAAGAGACUCUGACCAAGAUGGAUAGCAUAGAUUCAGAGAAAGUUGAUGAGGAGACAGUGGAUGUGGAGGAGAAAUCUGAACUGGCUGAGACUGUCGAAGAGAAUGGAAUGGAAGAAGAAGAUGAUGAUGAGGAUGAAUGGGAUGCAAAGAGCUGGGAUGAUGUUGCUGUUAAUCUAUCUAUUAAAAGUGCGUUUGCUGAUGAAGAGGCUGAGCCUGAAUCAAUGGUUAAAAAAGUGAAAGCACCUCCUGCAACUUCCAAGCCAGCAGUUGCUGCUAAGAAAACCACUCCUUCCCAGCCAAUAGCAUCUCCAAAUCUUGAGAACAAGAAAAAACAGGAGGCUGAAGUUUUGGAAAAAAAUAAGAGAAAAGAUGUCUCCUUGAAAAAAGAAGCUUCAAGUUCAGAUGCUACCUCCAAACCAAGUGAAGAUAACCUUCGUUCCCCAAUUUGCUGCAUCAUGGGUCAUGUUGAUACUGGUAAAACCAAGUUGCUGGAUUGUAUCCGGGGUACUAAUGUUCAGGAAGGUGAAGCUGGAGGUAUCACUCAACAAAUUGGUGCAACCUAUUUUCCUGCUGAGAACAUACGCGAGAGAACCAAGGAACUGAAAGCUGAUGCUAAGCUGAAGGUCCCAGGUCUAUUGGUUAUUGAUACCCCUGGGCACGAGUCAUUUACUAAUUUAAGGUCACGGGGUUCAGGUUUAUGUGAUAUUGCAAUUUUGGUUGUCGACAUUAUGCAUGGCUUGGAGCCACAAACAAUAGAAUCACUUAACCUUUUAAAAAUGAGGAAUACAGAAUUCAUUGUUGCAUUGAAUAAGGUGGACAGGCUCUAUGGCUGGAAAACAUGUCGCAAUGCGCCAAUUGUAAAGACCAUGAAGCAACAAUCUAAGGAUGUACAAAAUGAAUUCAAUAUGAGGGUCACUCAGAUUGUAACUCAGUUCAAGGAGCAAGGUUUAAAUACUGAGUUGUAUUAUAAAAAUAAGGAAAUGGGGGAAACUUUUAGCAUUGUUCCUACAAGUGCUAUUAGUGGUGAAGGCAUCCCAGACUUGUUACUAUUAUUGGUUCAAUGGACUCAGAAAACUAUGGUUGAGAAACUUACAUUUAGCAAUGAAGUGCAGUGUACUGUGUUGGAAGUCAAGGUCAUUGAAGGCCAUGGGACAACUAUUGAUGUUGUAUUAGUCAAUGGAGUACUUCAUGAAGGAGAUCAAAUAGUUGUUUGUGGCAUGCAGGGACCUAUUGUUGCCACAAUUCGAGCUUUAUUGACGCCCCAUCCAAUGAAGGAACUUCGAGUUAAGGGGACUUAUCUGCAUCAUAAGGAAAUCAAGGCUGCAAUGGGUAUCAAAAUUAGUGCACAGGGCCUUGAGCAUGCUAUUGCUGGCACUGGUCUUUAUGUUGUAGGGCCAGAUGAUGAUUUAGAGGAUGUUAAGGAAGCAACCAUGGAAGAUAUGAAGUCGGUCAUGAGCAGGAUUGACAGGAGUGGUGAGGGAGUUUAUGUACAAGCAUCUACCUUAGGCUCAUUAGAAGCAUUGCUGGAGUUUUUGAAGUCCCCAGCUGUAAACAUUCCUGUUAGUGGCAUAGGCAUAGGGCCGGUACAUAAAAAGGAUGUCAUGAAGGCCAGUGUAAUGCUUGAAAAGAAAAGGGAAUAUGCUACCAUCUUGGCCUUUGACAUCAAACUUAUGCCGGAUGCUGAGGAACUUGCAAAGGACUUGGGUGUGACUAUUUUUCAGGCUGAUAUCAUUUAUCACUUAUUCGAUCAAUUUAAGGCCUAUAUUGACAAUCUUAAGGAGGAAAAGAAGAAGGAGGCUGCUGAUGAUGCAGUCUUCCCGUGUGUGCUUAAAAUAUUACCAAACUGCAUUUUCAACAAGAAGGAUCCAAUUGUAUUGGGGGUUGAUAUACUUGAAGGCAUUGCUAAGGUUGGUACUCCGAUUUGUAUUCCGCAGCGGGAUUUCAUUGAUAUUGGACGAAUUUCAUCCAUCGAAAAUAAUCAUAAACCUGUGGAUAUUGCAAAGAAAGGGCAGAAGGUUGCAAUAAAGAUACUUGGCACAAAUCCUGAGGAGCAGCAAAAGAUGUUUGGUAGACACUUUGAGCUUGAUGAUGAGCUUGUCAGCCACAUCUCACGAAAAUCAAUUGAUGUACUUAAAGCCAAUUACAGGGAUGAUCUGUCAAUUGAGGAGUGGAAGUUGGUUGUGAAAUUGAAGACUCUUUUCAAGAUACAAUGAUGAUGCAUAUCACUAAAAGUAACUUUUCAAGAACAAAGGAGCUCCGCCGACUGGUUUGUUUCAUGCAAAGAUGCGAAAAGAAUUUGGUGGAAAAGAGGUUUUGGUCCGCCACUCGGUUGACACAAGGGCGGAAUUAAGAUCUAUCAACUGGAUUUUAUGUGAAAAGGAGGAGGUGCAAGGUUGUACUGUCUACCUGUCUUACAGCCUUUGUCCAAAAGUCACCACUGGAAUUGGUCUGAUUUUUGUGAAAUAAUCAUGUUGAUGUUAUUUUUUGGAGUGGUAUAAGAAAAAGGGAUUUUUUUUUUUUUUUUUUUUUUUUUUAGUAAAAGGAGGCAAUUGCGGGAAUGUAAUCUGGGACUGUGGUUAUAUAGAGGUGUCACCUGUCGGUCUGACACCAAAAUUACCAAAUUCAUGGAUAAUAAGUCGUCUUCAC